GAUGAUAUAGUUACCACAAAACACCUUUUGGCAAAUAUACAAUACACCUGCUUAGAAUUCACAGCUACCAUGGCUAUGGCGACAGAAGCUUCAGUUGAAGAGCUAGACCUCUCCGCUCCGCCGUGCCUGCACGUUAUAUCCGCCUUCCUCUUCAUAGAACCACCUGACGUUGUCAUCUCCUUUGCCAGGGAUUUCGACAGAGGUCUGAUCUCGGACAGAGUACAACAUUUUAUCUGGGAACACUGCAUUAAUAGAACUGAUGCUAAGGCCUACUCCCCUUACGUGAGAGGUUUUUUGAAGAGACUUAUUUUUGAAAUUGAGUCAAGUGGUGAAGUCGUUAUUGAUGAGCUUUACGAGAAAUAUGUAUAUUACAUGUCUAUGAAGGAUGAUGUAUCGGCAAAAGAGAAGGCUAGAUUUUCAAAAACAAUUUCAUUUAUCUUCCCUAGAGAGUGUUCAGAUUUGCCAAGUUGUCCAAAAUCUCGGAAGUUGGAAGUUUUGCUGCACUGCUCAGUCAACUUGCUUGAAGGAGAUACAGGGUGUUCGAUUUGGCCAUCAUCUCUUUUCCUUUCAGAGUUCGUACUUUCCUUUCCAGAACUAUUCACAAAUAAAUCUUGCUUUGAGGUUGGUUCAGGUGUUGGAUUAGUUGGCAUCUGUCUAGCCCGUAUAAAAGCCUCCAAAGUAAUACUCAGUGAUGGUGACUUGUCAACUUUAGCAAAUAUGAGGCUUAAUUUGGAGUCAAACAAGAUUACUGCCAGUAAUGAUUUCUUGGAGCAUACAGUAGAUUCUAAUACAGUACAAUGCCUGCACUUGCCCUGGGAAUCUGCAGCUGAAAAUGGUCUUCAGCAGAUCAAUCCGGAUAUAGUUUUGGGUGCAGAUGUUAUUUAUGAUCCAUUGUGUCUGCCACAUCUUGUUCAAGUUUUAGCCAUUCUUCUGAACCGAGAAGGUUUGCAAGCUGGUGAUAGUAGAAAUGAUGGUUGUUUGGGGAAGUCAACAAGAAAGAGUGAUGACCAGAAUGGCACAUAUCUGCAUGAUGGACUUCCAAGAUCGCCGCCUGUAGCUUAUAUUGCCUCUGUGGUUCGCAACAUCACUACAUUUAAUUGUUUUCUUGCCUUGGCCAGUGAAGCAAAUUUAUCAGUGUUGGACAUCACGGAGAGGGCCAAGCCAUUCAGCUUGCUUCCUUAUGCAAAGUCAUACCAACCAUCCAGCAUAAAGUUGCUAUGCAUUUCAUACUUGCCCAAGUGAAGGCUGCAGCCACCUCCAUGGGGAAUUGUAAGCCCUAUCAAUUCAAUGCUUAUUUUACCCGAGGUGAAUUAAUUCACGCUUGACCAAUUAUGAUCGAACUAGUACCCACAUGUUCGACCGAGAGUGACCGAACUAGUUUUAUUGGGUGGGUGUUUUUAGUAGCACAGAUCUUGAACACCUCAAAAGUCUAGGUGCCAAAUAUAAAGAAAUGGGGUUUUCAUGAAAAAUCAUUUCCUUAAAUGCAUUUGGUAAGAAUGGUUAUAUUGAGUAAGAGUGUAGGUGCCAAAUCUAAAGAAAGGGUUUUUCAAAGGAGAAAAGCUUUACCUUGAAAAUUUGUGGUCUAUUGAAUAGAAUGAAACCUUUUAUCAUGGUGAAACUUGGGAUAUUGGUUUUCAAUUCUUUAGAAGGAUUUGUGUCUUUGUAAUGCACUGUUUUGUGUGGAUGUAAUGUCAACAUUUGGGUGGUUAUACAUGAGAAUAUAUAGGGUUACAACAG